UUGAUCGAAGAAAACCAUGAACGGAUAUUCAGUCAACACUCACCUUCAUCUGUGAGUAGUAUGGGAAAGAAAAAGAGAAAGAAGAGACGACACAGGACCAUAUUUACAUCGUAUCAACUUGAUGAGUUAGAGAAAUCAUUCAAUGAAGCUCAUUAUCCUGAUGUGUAUGCUCGAGAACUGUUGGCGCUCAAAACUGAUCUGCCAGAAGACAGAAUACAGGUGUGGUUUCAGAACCGUCGAGCUAAGUGGCGAAAGAAGGAGAAGUGCUGGGGACGAAGCAGUGUGAUGGCAGAGUACGGCCUGUAUGGGGCAAUGGUUAGACAUUCGCUACCUUUACCCGACAGCAUCCUUAAAGCGGCCGAAGAGGGGGACAGUUGUGCUCCAUGGUUGUUAGGUAUGCACAAGAAAUCGGUAGAUGUCCCUGAUGUGAUGGGUGACGAAGAGAAUGAAAAGAUUUACAGAGAAAGCAAGGGUAAUAUCACCAAGGAAACACGACAUCAACAGAAAGACUCAAGUAUGAGCGGUGCUGAUGAGAUCAGGACCAAUAGUAUCGCUUUGUUGAGAGCCAAAGCUCAAGAGCAUAGCGCCAGGAUCCUAAGCGGUAAGGGAACGGCAUGUGCCACAUCUGCAGGAUGCUCAGACGUGUCAGAGGCUGUAUCGAGUAGGGACCAUCAUCCAUCGGUGGAUUCACGCCUUCCGAGCGGGGAGAAGAGAGACAGUGGGGUGUGGUCGGGGGAUGACGAACAGGUCAAUUGUUCGGCGUCGUCUCCUGAUGGCCACGCCCAUGGGCGGGAUAUCCAAAGAGAAGAAUAUCAGGAUCGACAUGGUGAUUCGGCAUCGGGUGAAUCUUCGUCCAGUGACGACAGCCACGAUGAAGAAUGUGAAGAAAUCGAGGUCGAUUCAUGAACACGUGGUAUUAUCAUUGUGAUAUCAAUGUCACGUGACAUCAUCAAGAUGACCGCCGAUUGUGAAUUAAUAUGUAUAUACUUGCCAAGUAAAUUAAGAGAACAAAAUACGAAUGAUAUAUCUUUAGUGUCAUGAAACAACAUUAUAUUGCAAGACACUUUCAUUUGUGUAGGCGCUUGGAUCAUUAUUUUCACAUUCCGUCUCUUUGACAGUGUUUAAGUAAUUCUAGAUGCUAUUCAUUAGAAGUUUCUUUCCUAUUUCCACUAUUACCUUAUUGAAGGAUCCUAUCUAAAUGUCAAUUUUUGAUGUUGUUUUAAAGAAAUAAAUGAUUUGUAAUAGUGUUUUGAAAUAAUGAACUUUAUUUUUUUAUAUUCAAAUUCAAAUUUCGAAUUCAACGUGUUUAAGAAUGGUUUAUAAGGCACAAAAUGAAUUGACAUAUUGGCAUGAGUACCGUAUUCUUUAACGUAAAGCCUGUUUAAAGUUUUGGUAAAUUCCCUAGAAGUGAGUGUCACUAUUCAUAUUGUAUCAUUAAAUGUGUGUGCCCUAAAACUGUAACGAUGCGGAGCAUUCAAAUAUUAAAAUAUGUUUUAUUUGAUAGAUUUUGCCAGACAAAAUGAAAUAUCUGCGCAUUUUUUUUCUUGUUGAUACCGAAUACAUUUUAACAAUGUCAAGAAUUGAAAAAAAAAAUAGCUUGCCACUACGCUUUUGUAGCAUUGGUAUUGGCAUAAUUGGUAUGACAUACUGGUAUACAUGUAGUUCACAUUAUUGAUCUUUAUCAAAGCUCUAGACUGGCUUUUAAAAUAUCGAAUUAAAUUUCCAAAAACUUAAUGAAAAGGUUAGGGGUUGUAAGGGAUAUGUUCACCAUAAGUCUCAAACUUUAUAUUUUGGAAUAUGAGCACUUGGUCAGACUCGUCCAAAGUAUAUAUUUACGCAAGUUAGUUUACGCAUGUAGGAUAUGUCAAUUUUUGACGUUUCAAUUCGCAAAAUGUUUGUGUCCCUUUGAAAGCAUCUUUGUUAAGAUAAGACAAGUGAUACCUAUUAACCAAUUUCCAAUUUUGUAAAACACAGAACAUGUAAAAAGACAAUCAGUGUGUAGGAUUUUGCCAGUUUGGACAUAUCCGUUCUUUGGAUGUCCCUAUUCCAAUUUUGUAGGUGGUGCCUAUAUUUCCUUGUGAUUUGUUCUGUCUUUGCCAUGAUCUUGUGUUUAGUAUUUCUGUGGCAUUAGUCCAACUUAAAACUUUAAUUUGAAUAUGAUAUAUCAAAUAGAGAGAUGGAGAAAGAGAGAGAGGGGGGGCGGUGUGAGAACGCGUGUUUUUAAUCGCAUAAUUAUGUAGGAAAAUGAUCAGUAUUGUUUAUAUUAUUGGCGAAUUAUUCGCUUUAUUGUAAAUUUAUAUCAAUAUACAAGUGUAUAUAAGUUUUGUAUGUAAAUAUAACGAUGAAUGUUGAGAAAUUUUAUAGAUUAUAAAGUAUAGUAACAGGUAGAUGUACUUGUUUUUGGUCAGAAUGUUGCUAAAUUUAGUAGAAAUCAUUCAACAGAAAACCACCUCAAAUCAGAUGACUCACUAGGGCCCGGUAACACAAAGGUUUGCAGUCAACUGUGAAAUGUCAUUGGCCAAUCAAAAUCAUUGUUACAUUCAUUAAACAGUAUAGUACUUACCAUUGACCAAUUAGAAUCUUCGUUUGAAAUUGAUGUACAGCUUUGUGUUAAGGGACCCUGGUAAAGCUGAAAAGGAAGAGAACCAAAGUUAUAGGGUCACUGUAUUUCCCUGUAUCAGAACUUUGAACCUCAAAUGAUAUAAUAACUGAGUUUUACUUGUUUAUCAUUCCUGAAAUGAAAUAUGCAUGCGAUAUUAAUAUCCAAAUUUCUUAAUAAUCAUGUAUAAUGUACUGGGCCCCGUCUUACAAAGAGUUGCGUUUGAUCUGAUCAAUCGCAACUAUGGAUGGCCAGCAACGUCAACAUAUAAAAUGCAUGAUUGUUCAAAAUAUUUUCUAGAUAUGAUGAAUAUUCAUAAAUUCAUUGUUUUCUUGAUAAUUUGGCGUGUUUGCCUUUGUUUACAAAGGACAUUUUGCAAAUUUCCUGUAGAAAAAUGAUGACGCUGAUGGAUUCCAUCAUUGAUUGGAUCAAACGUAACUCUUUGUAAGACGGGGCCCUGGUGUCUGAAAUUCAUGCCUCUUUACAUUCGUGAUUACAUUACAGGAUGGUGACAUUGAACAUAAAUUAUGUUGCAUUCUGAUAAUAAAUAUUGUAAUCCACGGAUUUGCAGAAGAAUAGUCAUUAGCUGAAGCAAGUUAACUAUGUUAAAAACGAAGUAAUUUAGAGCAUCAUGAAAUAUAAUGUCAGUAUAGGAGCAAAUUUCAAAACAAAAUGGGUAUAAAAAUAUUAACUGAAAUAACAGCUUGAUGAAACUUUUUUUUUUCAAUCUUGAAAAAAUUACCCGCUGAAUUUUAUCAAUGAAAACCUUUCAGUUUCUAAUCAGCGUCAUAUGGACUGAACGUAUAAAAGAUAAUCAUGUCUGUUCAGAUGGUUUUGGAGAAAUAGAAGAUUAAUCUUCGUUUUAUUCUGUUUAGAAAACGCACACUUUAAAUGCACUUAAUAGAUGCCAAUGUUAAUAUGAAAUAAGCACGAAGAGUAAAAAUGAUUGAGCAAGCAUGAGAUAGAUAGGAAGUGAGAGGAUGAUGCAGUGCAGUAUAUCCUCUCAAUCAUUUUGUUUAUUAAGUUUCUCAUCGAAAUAUCAAUAUUCAUUUUUUUAAAUUGUAUAAUUGAAAAAAAUGUGAAACGUAUUAUUUUCGUGCUUUACUUCAAAAUUCGGAAAUUCGUACUGUAAAGUUAAUAUUCAAAGAAGUAUUUAUAAUACAUGUACUAUUUAUUGUAUUCCAUGUAAAGUGUGAAAUAAUUUUCAGAAUACAAAUAGAAAUGCUCU